UCCCAGUAUCCCCUAGCCCUGAGCCGGGGCAGUUCAAGCGGUCUCAAAGUGGUUUAUGUCUGCAGGGUGUUUUGGAGCUGUGCCUGAAAAGCAGGUGGCCAUGCUUUGCUGGCCAAGAGAAAGCAGCAAAGGGGAGCCCUCCUUCCCUUCCAAAGCCACAGCCCCUGGCACCCCAGAUGCCAUCCCAGGCCUCUUGCCAUCUGAGGCAGAAGCCUCCAAACCAAGCCAGGAGAAGGGAGCCCCAAGGAAAGGCUCCGCCCCGAGAGUCCAUCUUUGCCUUGGCCCUUGGCUGGGUUCACCUUCAGCGAGAAGAAGGAAGCAUCUGCGUCGCCUGGCAGAAAGAACAUGGCCAAGGCAAAGAUUGCUGUCAUUGGUGCUGGACUUAUUGGUCUUUCCACUGCAGUGUGCAUUUCAGACUCUAUUUCAGAUUGCAGCGUGACUGUCAUUGCUGACAGAUUUACUCCCAACACAACAAGUGAUGUUGCUGCUGGGAUGCUUAUUCCACAUAUUUACCCAGGGACACCUGUUCAUCAACAGAAGCAAUGGUUUAGGGAGACCUUUGAUUACCUGUCAGCAAUCUGUAAUUCCCCGGAGGCUUCAGAGGCUGGGAUUCAUUUGAGAUCUGGGUGGCAGAUUUUUAAAACUGUUCCUGAUGAGAAGAUGCCAUUCUGGUCUGAUGUGGUUCUAGGAUUUCGCUCAAUGACUGAAAGAGAGAUGAAGAAAUUUCCACAACACAAAUUUGGUCAAGCCUUCACUACGCUAAAAUGUGAUUGCCCACAAUAUUUGAUCUGGCUAGAGAAAAGGCUGAAAGAAAAUGGAGGCCAGGUGCAAGCUAGAAAAAUAGAAGACCUGUGGGAACUGCAUGCCAGCUAUGACAUUGUAGUGAACUGUUCAGGCAUUGGCUCCAGGAAGCUUAUAGGAGACCUAGAGAUAUACCCCACCAGAGGCCAAGUUCUCAAGGUUCAUGCUCCUUGGGCCACACACUUCAUUCGUGAUGGGGACGGACUAACAUACAUCUAUCCAGGGAUACACAAUGUAACGUUAGGUGGGACGAGGCAAAAAAACGACUGGAACCUGUCUCUGGAUCCCGGUACCAGCAAGGACAUAUUUAGCCGGUGUUGUGCUCUUGAGCCAUCACUUCAGACAGUUCAGGAUGUCCAGGUGAAGGUGGGCCUGAGGCCAUCGAGGUCUGCUGUGAGAGUUCAGAAAGAGACACUGGUCCAUGGCAAUAAGAAGCUGCUGGUGGUCCACAAUUAUGGGCAUGGUGGUGGUGGCUUUUCAGUGCACCAGGGCACAGCAAAAGAGGCAACUCGGCUGGUGAAAGAGUGCAUUGAAGCACUGCAGAAGAUCAGGUAUAAGGCAAAGCUAUAA